CGCCAGUCAAUUUCAGCAGUAAGCAAAGCAUGUCCAAAUCUCAAAUCAUUCCAUCUCCAAACCGGGUACAAAUACUACAUGCCCGGAUUUACAGCUGAAGAAUUUCCACCACUACCAUUCAAAGAAGACAGUAAGAGACAAGCGCAUGUCCACAACUUCUACUAUCAUCAAGAAGAUAAACUGGCAGCAGUGACAGAAGAUCAUGGUUGGAACUGGACAGUUAGCAGACCAUGUGCAAUUCCUGGAUACUCGAAAGGUAAUUGGAUGUCUGUGUCUGUUACUGCCGCAUUAUAUGCUUUUGGAUGUAAGGAGUUCGAUGAAAAAUUGCACUAUCCUGGUCCACUUGUCUGUUAUGAUAUGGGUUAUGAUAAUAGUACGGCUAAAAAUAAUGCAGAGUUCCAACUUUAUGCUGUUGAGAAUGCACACAAUAGGGCAUUUAGUAUCAAUAUGGUAAACCGUAUCAAUUCAGCACACUCUGGCCAUAGAUUGCAGCAUAAUUCGGUUUGGAAAUUCCGUCACCGCCAGAUCAAGAUGUCAAAAUUGAGGAAAGGGAGUUCUUGA